CUACGCUGAGCGCGUCGGCGCCGGUGCUCCUGUGUAUCUGGCCGCUGUGCUCGAGUAUCUCACCGCUGAGAUCCUGGAGUUGGCCGGAAACGCCGCUCGGGACAACAAGAAGACCCGUAUCAUUCCCCCAUUCUGUUUCUACGUUGUGUUGAAAUAGCUUAAUCUGAAAAUGAGCGGCAGAGGUAAAACCGGAGGUAAGGCGAGAGCGAAGGCUAAGACUCGCUCAUCCAGGGCGGGACUGCAGUUCCCCGUUGGCCGUGUGCACAGACUGCUCCGCAAAGGAAACUACGCUGAGCGCGUCGGCGCCGGUGCUCCUGUGUAUCUGGCCGCUGUGCUCGAGUAUCUCACCGCUGAGAUCCUGGAGUUGGCCGGAAACGCCGCUCGGGACAACAAGAAGACCCGUAUCAUUCCCCGUCACCUGCAGCUGGCAGUGCGGAACGACGAGGAGUUGAACAAACUCUUGGGUGGAGUGACCAUCGCUCAGGGUGGGGUGCUGCCCAACAUCCAGGCUGUGCUGCUGCCCAAGAAGACCGAGAAACCCGGCAAGACCAAGUAAACGGACUGAAGUCUGUCACUGAAACACAAAGGCUCUUUUAAGAGCCACUCACUUGAACUAUGAGAGAGUGAAUUGUUCUUUUCCUCAGUUCAUUGGCUUAUUAAAUAUAAAGGAAACAAUUAAAAAUGGAUUUUGUGUGCAACAACUGCUGAUUAUAUCCUCUUUUAAACGCCGUUUCUCUAAUAAACUGCAACAAAGUGGAUUGAAUUACUGAUGCUGUUGUUGGAUCCAUGUAGUAUAAAUAAAGUAACAUUGUGAAUUCAUGUGGUAGGGAUGGGCGAUACACUUUAAUUAGACUUUUGUUUACCAUUUUAAUUUAUCAUGUUAUUUAGUUAAACCAUAGUUGCCACCCCAUUAACCAAGUUACUAGGACAAUAUUACUUUAGUAAAUCAAUCGGUUCAGCUUCAUCUUUAGAUAUGUUAUUUGAGCGUGAAUGUACUCAAGAGUCAGUGGUGUAGUCCUGUCUGAAGAGGUGGGCAUGCUGUGAAUUUAUGCAUGUCUGAAAUUAAUUACAUUUAUAUACAGUUCAUGUAAUUGAGUAAUAAUUGCAGUUUCUUGUUGGCCUGGUACACUGCUAAGAACAAUGGUGUGGUAACUUCAUGUUAAAUAUGUAUUUAAAUUAAUAGGUGUCGUUAUUGUUCCUCAUUUGUUAAUACUUGAUUAUUAUUCUAACUAAUAAACAAAUUCAUAAUACAAUAUAAACUGUUAAAAAGUUUGUUCUGGCGGCCACACAUAUCACUUCUGUUGGGUAUAUGCAAAAUCCUGAAACAGAUAGGAGGGCAUAUGACUUAUAUACAGUGGGUACGGAAAGUAUUCAGACCCCCUUAAAUUUUUCACUCUUUGUUAUAUUCAUUUUUGCUACACAUUUGCUAAAAUCAUUUAAGUUCAUUUUUUUUCUCUCAUUAUUGUACACACAUAUUGACAGAAAAACACAGAAUUGUUGACAUUUUUGCACAUUUAUUAAAAAAGAAAAACUGAAAUAUCACAUGGUCCUAAGUAUUCAGACCCUUUGCUGUGACACUCAUAUAUUUAACUCAGGUGCUGUCUAUAUAUAUAUAUAUGCCACAUAUUUAAAAUAAAUAAAUAAAAGUGAAAAAAUAAAAAACGUUGGA